AGCCGGGAUCGGAUCCACGAUACCUUGUAUAUAACACCUUUUCCCCCCCACUCCCUCCUUCCUUUUGUUCCUUCGUCAUCAUCAUCCCCUUCCACACCCAUCACGAUGCCCAUCCAACUAAAAGAAUCCGACCUCCCCUCCCUCCCCUCCAAAACCGCGCUGGUAACGGGCGCAACCUCGGGCAUCGGUCUGCAAACCGCCAUCCUCCUCGCGAGCCAUGGCGCGACUGUGCACAUCGCCUCGCGUAACCCUGCAAAGGGUGAGGAGACGGUGACGGGGCUGCGCGCGCAAUACCCAUCGCAUACCUACCACCACCACCCCCUCGACCUCUCCAGCGCCGCCAGUGCCGCCGCGUCGGCCGCCCACUUCGCGCGCGAGAACGCACGCCUGGACAUCCUCGUGGCGAACGCCGGCGUCGCCUUCGUCCCCGUGGACGAGCUGUCGGCGGACGGGCUGGACAUGGCCUUCGCCGUGAACCACGUCGGGCACUUCGUCUUCGUGCGCGGAUUGCUGCCCCUGCUGCGGAGGACGGCGGAGGGGAGCGGGGACGUGCGCGUCGUCGUGACGAGCUCCGCCGCCUACAGCUUUGUCGACAAGGUGGACCUGUCCGACGUCGCGUGCAGGGUCCCCGGCGACGGCGGGAGUGUUCGCCACUUGCCCGCUGCCGGGAGGAGGUAUGGGAGGAGUAAGCGGGCCAACAUACUCUUCGCCAUGGAGUUGGAUAGGCGCUUGCGCGCUCCGGAUGGGGCGGGGGCGGGGGUUAGGGUUAAUGUGUGCCAUCCCGGGACCAUUGGUGGGACGGCGUUGGGGGAUAAUGGAGCGUUCGGCGUACCGGCCUGGGGAUCAAGGCUUCUACAUGGACUCAUCAGCACCGUCAGUCUUACCCCGCGCGAGGGCGCGAUGACGCAGACGCUGCUGGCAGCCGCGGAUAGGGUUCGUGAGGAGGACGUGCACGGGUGCUUCUUUGCCCCUAGGACUGGGUGGAACAUGCGCUAUACCCACUCUGAAGAGGUCGACUUGGGCGAGUGGGCGCGGAACGAGGAGGAUGCGAAGGUUUUAUGGGAGUGGACUGAGGAGUGGGUCGAUAAGGUUCUUGGAAAGGGGAAUUGGGGGGGCGAGUGAUGGGUUGUGCCUUCACAGGGUGGAGGGAAUACCUUUUCUUUUCUUUUUUUUCUCCUAUAGGAUACCGGUACGGUGGUUUAACGUUUGCUUUUUGCUUUUGCUUUUGGGUUCCCUCGAGUAGUAGCC